AUGAAUUAUCUGAGACAGUUGUUCAAAGGGUCCGCAACUCUCAUAGCGACGACAUCGAAGGAGCGUCGAGCGCCGAGUCCGGUCGACACGGCGGUUUGUCCGACACCAAAUGAAUCUCGGAGAAUUAUCAGAACGAUUGACGGUGUCGAGCUCGUCGUGUCGGCUGACGAUAUUCGCCACCUCGAGGUUCUUCGUCAAAUGUUCGAAAAUUUAAUAAUUCUGCCAGCGAUAAGAGAUCCGACGAUUCUGAUUCCAAUAUCGAUCGAUUCAGCGACUCUCCAAAAGAUUCUCGAUUGGAGUCGAGCAAAUAAAGCAUCUGAAACCAAUUUGGAUGAAUUGUUUCCAAGAUUGCAGCCAAAAGAGUGUCUCCAGAUUCUCGAGGCUUCUCUUUUCCUCGCAAUUCCAAAAUUGGCAGAUUGCGCUGCUCGAUGGAUUGCAGCAAAACUCGAAGGCCAGACACCACCACAAAUGGCUCAGACCCUCGGAAGACCAUACAAGGGUGUUCAUCCAAAACAUAAGCAGCACGUUCAAUCUUUGCGCGAGGUCACCAUGCCGCCAGAGAAGUCUAUUCGAGUCAUGAGCCCCGUCGAUUUUUAG